UCGCUCUCGUCCGAACGGGCGGGUCCUACCGCGCCUGCGUACUCGGGAGGGGAAGUGAGGCGGUUUCCUCGGCGCCUUUUCCGGCGGCGGCGGCGGCAGAGCUGGGAGGAGGAGGUAGAGGCCGGAGGGAUCCCGCGCUCGGGGCGGCGGCUGGAGGCAGCGCACGGAGUUUCCUGCGAGGAUCAAUGACCCGCCGGGGCUCCGGAGCCGCACGGGUGGCCUGAGCCCGGGGGGAGCCUGGUGUUCGCGGACCGACGGCCGGGCCGGGGGCGCCGCAGAACAGGCGGCGGCGGAGCGGGCACCGCGGCGGCGCUCGUGCUGCGCCGGCGGGGGGGGAAGGGCAGUUCCGGGCCGGGCCGCGCCUCAGCAGGGCGGCGGCUGCUCGUCGGGCGCAGACGUCGGGCCCCGGCGGCGAGCAGCGGCGGAAUCCCGGGCUCCGGGCGGUGAUGUCCGAGUGAGCGGCGGGCCGGCGCCUCGGCCUCCCCCGGCACCCCGGCGCCGCCACCCACGCAGGCCGCACGGGCGCCCUCGCGGCCGGGACGCGGCGUUUCGAUUUCGCGGCGGCGCUGUGGGGGUGAGCGGAAGAACCGGGACCCCUGAAUGCCCCCGGCCCCGGCUCCGCCGUCGCGAUGGGGAAGGUGCUGUCCAAGAUCUUCGGUAACAAGGAGAUGCGGAUCCUCAUGCUGGGCCUGGACGCGGCCGGCAAGACCACGAUCCUGUACAAGUUGAAGCUGGGCCAGUCGGUGACCACCAUCCCCACGGUGGGCUUCAACGUGGAGACGGUGACUUACAAAAACGUCAAGUUCAACGUGUGGGAUGUGGGCGGCCAGGACAAGAUCCGGCCGCUGUGGCGGCACUACUACACCGGGACCCAGGGGCUCAUCUUCGUGGUGGACUGCGCCGACCGCGACCGCAUCGACGAGGCCCGCCAGGAGCUACACCGCAUCAUCAACGACCGGGAGAUGCGGGACGCCAUCAUCCUCAUCUUCGCCAACAAGCAGGACCUGCCCGACGCCAUGAAGCCCCACGAGAUCCAGGAGAAACUGGGCCUGACCCGCAUCCGGGACCGGAACUGGUAUGUGCAGCCCUCCUGCGCCACCACGGGGGACGGACUCUACGAGGGGCUCACGUGGUUGACGUCCAACUACAAGUCCUAAUGCGCGCUCCCCCCCGCGGCCCCGGCCCUGGAUGGUCGCCGCGCCCCGGGGUCGCUUUUCUCGCUCGAGGUUGAACUCCGGAGUUCCUGUUCCACGUUUGCGGGAGGGGCGGGUUAGGGGCUUUACUUGGUUGGUUCGUUUUUUCUUUAUUUUUUUUUUCCUUCUCGGCUUUGCGUUAGGAUGAUCCGACUUUUGAAAUGAACACAAAGUGCUAAAAAGAAAAAAAAAGCUCUUGUUGACUUCCAGCAAAUGGGAUGGGGGGAAAAAUAUAGCCGUUCUGGGUAUAAAUUCCUUAAAUAAUGGUUUGAUUUUUUUUUUUUUAAAUUUUGAGAGAAUCUUUUUUCCUCCAAUGUAUGCUUUUUUCCUUUUUGCCCAGUUUCCGUAUCACUUGCUGUAGAUGGCUUAUUUUGCAUUCAUGCAGACUGUGUUGCAAGUCUGUUUCAUCUAGUAAACUGAAAAUUAUUGCAUAAUCAAACUGCCGUUUGUCUUUUAUGUUUAAGGCCUUCCCCCCUCUUACAAGUUCUAAUUUAGUAAUUUCAAGUGUGAUCUUUGACAUCGAAGACCAGUAUAGUGUACAGCCCACAAGGGCAAAUAAUGAGUAAUACCAUUGAAAUAUGUUCCAGUUGCACAUCAGUGUUAAACAGAUAAUAUAAGGGGUUCUUUGAAAUGUCACUUAUUAAGUUCUGAAACAUCAUGCAUGAGUAGGGUUAAAAUUGGAGUUCCCCUCUACAUAGCUAACACUGCAUAAAAGUUCAAUGUAACCCAUCAAAGAGAGGUUUUUUUCACUGCAGAGUUAGCAGUUUUACUGUUUUUCCUAUUUUUAAUUCCAAAAUAUCUCUGCAGAAAAAGGAGCAAUAAUAAUGGUGUAUGCCACACACCGAUUAAAUAUUUUAGAUGUUAUGUGACUUGGGCAAAACUGGAAUAUAUACUUUUACCUUGUGUCAAAUAUCUAAGACCAAUAGCUCUUAAGUUCCUUUAUUGUUUAUUCAUUAAUGAAGCAUCCAAAAAUUCAAAUCCUAAGCACCUUUUACCUAGUUGGGAAAAUACACAUUCCUAUUUUCACUUUACUGCAACUGAUUAAGCUGAAGAUAAGACUUUAAUAGAUGAGUGAUCCACAUCUCCAUUAAUUAGAACACUGGAAAACAUGUUUUAUAAAGGUAUUUAAUUCUAUUUGAUUGCAGAAUUAACUCAUGCGAAUAGUCAUAUCUUGUUGGUUCGGUAAUAGGUAAUAGACCGUCUCCUUUAAAGGAAGGAAAUGUGAGUGAAUGUGUAGACUUGAGUGAUUAAAGGGGAAGAAGUAGGAUGAAAGAACCUACAGAUGACAAUGAAUGUAAACUAAUUUUUCUUCAAGGGUAAACGGUGUGCUCACUGGUGAUACCUAGAUCCUAACAAGAUCACUUAGCUGGUUAGGUCCAGUUACUAGACUAUUGAGACCACUAUAGUACUUUGAACCAAAUGUUAAUGCUUGAUAUGGACUUGCAAAACAACAUCUGGUUCUCACAUAGCCUUAAGGAUUAAUUUUAGAGAUCCUCGAGGAGUUAAACUUAGGGAAUUUUGGCAACGAAGCCUACAGAGGCAGUAUACAGGAAAGGUGAAGUGGGUUUUAUGAGGGUGUCUGAAAACUAAAAUUUGCGGGAUAUCAUGGUAUAUACAGUUGGACGUUAUUGGUCCUUCGUGCUUUGGCCAUAUUGUAUAAUGGAGCUUUUACCAAAGAUGUAUGAGAAGCAUAAGGUUACAAAAUUUACUAUUCAAACUAAAACACCUGACAAGCAUACUUACAGAGCAAAUGAGAAAAGGUGCUAUGAUGUAGGCUCCUGAUGGUGCAGAGGGAUUUUUGAAUGAAAAAAAAAAUGCAACUCUUGCCUUCUCAGUUUCACUUUAGAAGUAUCUCUAGAAAUGAAGCUGUCAGACAUAAUAAAGAACAUUUUUAGUUGCUUUUGAAAUUCCCAAAGCUCCACCAUAAGUUUUAAUUCUUAGUGUUUUAAAUGAUUACAUUUUAAGGUACAUAAACUUGGAUUAUAGAAAUACCAAUAUUAUAGUAACAUCCUAAAAUAAGACAAGCACAAAGGUAUAAAUGCUUAAACUGGAGGAAACUUGAAAACCCUCAUGUUAAUUCUUAAAUGUAGUAUUUCUAACUUGUGACGGACUGGUAGGCAGCCAUUUUUUUUUUUGUGUCUUAAAUAACUGGGGACAUACAGUUAAAUUUUUAUACAUCAAGUGAUUGCUAUUGAAUGUUGCAGGAGAGAUGUUUUUGGGAAAUGUCUAGUGGGGAGGGGGAAGGGGAAACAUUUGAAAUUUGGGAAGCCCUAAAUCUUGGCAAGAAAUUGUAAUUUUUACUUACAUUUUCUUUAAAGGAUAUAAGAAGGUUGAUAAUUGAUGUAGUUAAAUUGAACCAUAUUCAGUGGUGAUUAUGGGGCAGGUAAUUAUAACCCGCAGAAAAAUUUACAAUUUAAGAAUGAAAAUAAGAUCCUGAAGUUUUUGUUUAAUUGCAUCAAUUUCUGUAUCUAUGUGAAUUUAUAAAACUGCAGUAAGUUUUGAAUGAGGUUAAUCUUGUCUAAUAAGUAAAUGAGUCUGUAGACUGUGAUCUCCCCAAACUAAAAAAGUACAGUACUUGGAAUUGUGUUCUUUAUGGUUGUAGUGUUGGUAAAGCACUAAUAUGCAGAAAAUAAAGGAAUUACACUGCA